ACUGCGCUCCAUCCUCCGAGCUGCGGCAGGAAAGGCGCAGAGGAGACGUGAGGGGGAGAAGGAGCAGAAGGAAACUGUGAGAGAGGGAAAACCAGAACAACAUGGACACUUAGUGCGGGACUUGUCAGCGGGUCGGGCAGCCUGAGGAGGACCGUGUCGGAAUGGAGGGACUGCUGAGAAACCCUCGAUCCAAACUGCGCCGAUCGGGCAGAGUUUAGAGGCAUUCGGUGGAUGUGUUCGUGUGAGUGAGGAGCGUCUCCCUCCGCUCUCCCGCUCGUCGUGCUCUGCGCCGCCAGGCCGGGCUCAAAGUUUCCAGCGUUCGGGGGCAGGGUGGAUUCUGCUGCAGUGAAUUCCUGCGGACGGGAUGUCAUCCGCAGUCAGGAGGAGCUCCUCCGGCUGACCGAUCCUCCUCCAGCGCGCAGGGCCACUCUCAGCAUGGGGGAUGCGGCAGAGGACAGGGGGGCGAGACCCACCUUCAUCGUCCCUGCCAUCAGGAGCUUCGACCACUACGACUUCACCAGGGCCAAGAUCUCCUGCAGCCUGACCUGGCUGGUGGCCAAGGCGUUCGGCUCCGAUGCGGUCCCGGAGGAGCUGGCCGAGCCGUUCUACAGGGACCAGUACAACCAGGAGCACCUGAAGCCCCCGGUGGCCUGCCUGCUGCAGUCCGCCGAGCUGUACUGCCGGGCGGGCAGCCUGAUCCUCCGCAGCGACGCCGUCAAGCCCCUGCUGGGACACAACGCCGUCAUCCAGGCCCUGGCCCAGAAGGGCCUGUACGUCACCGACCAGGACCGCCUGGUGACGGAGAGGGACCUGACCAGCACGCCCAUACAGAUGAGCUCCCACCUGGCGCUCAUCGACACGCUGAUGAUGGCCUACACCGUGGAGAUGGUGAGCGUGGAGCGCGUCAUGUCCUGCAUCAACAGGUACGCCUCGGCCGAGCCGUCGCGCUCGGACGCCCAGCAGCUGCCGUACGACACCGAGGACGCCAUCACCACCUGGAUCAACAAGGUGAUCGAACAUCUGAAGGACAUCCUGGUGGAGGAGCAGAAGCUAAGAGAGGCUUCGCUGCUCGACGCAAACUCCACGACACAGAAAGCCCGGUACAGGAGGGAGCAUCCUCAGAAGAGCGCGCCGUCCCUCCCCCUGGUGGACAACCUGCUGAAGGACAACGCGGACGGCUGCGCCCUGAGCGCCCUGCUGCACUUCUACUGCCCGCAGGCCGUCAGGAUGGACGAUAUCUGCCUGAAGGAGACCAUGUCUCUGGCCGACAGUCUGUACAACCUGCAGCUGGUGCAGGACUUCUGCAGGAACAACCUCAACCGCUGCUGCCACUUCAGCCUGGAGGACAUGCUCUACGCUCACGCGUCGGUCAAGAGUAACUACCUGGUGUUCAUGGCUGAGCUCUUCUGGUGGUUCGAAGUGGUGAAGCCUUCGUUUGUGCAGCCCAGAGUCUUCGACCCAAACGCCUGUGAGCCUGCGUCCUGUAAGAACAUGGCUCCGGUGUCCAGUCCAGUCAAACAAAACUAUGCAGACAGACCUUCAGUUCAGGAGGACGUCCCAGCUGAGGGUGUGAUGAGGAGAUCUACCUCCAUGUCGUAUGUGGACGGCUGCGCCGGGACGUGGCCCAAAGAGAAACAGUCGUCCUCUCGGGGGAUAUCCUUUGAGAUCCCCCUGGAUGGAGACCCCACCCUGCCGCCCUGCCAGGCCCCCGCCCUGCGCGGGAUGACCCGCUCGGCCAGCAGCGACGGCCUGGGCUUCAGGGUCCACUAUGCACCCCGAGGAGGCCUGAAGCGCCACGGCUCCCUCACGGCCGCCGGCGUGAACGGCCAGGGCCGGCACAUCCCCGAGGAGGACGAGGACCCGGCCCCCCACAGGCCUCUGGGGAGGAACAACACCUUCUCCCUCAAGAACCAAAGCAGGUACUCCAACGGAGUCCUCCCAGAGAGCAGCAUCUCCGCCCAUCACCAUGGAAACCACAGCGGCCACAGCAGCCCCUCCACCCCUCCCACCAUGGAGGAGGCCCUGAAGAUCAUCCACGACGCCGAGCGGCCGCACGCCAGCCUGGGCGUGGGCGCCGCCGACAACGGCUUCUUCCUCCACGGCGCCGAGCCCCCGGACCCCCCGGGCGCGGGCGCCCAGGGUCCGGGCGACGCCUCGGACUCGGCCAAGGCGCGGUUCAAUGACCACGACCCCAACUCCAUGUCCACGGAGGAGGUGGACACCGGCAUCCACGUGCGGACCGAGGACAUCCAGAGCAACGACGAGGACUCGUCCUCGCUCAGAGACUACUCGGACAUGGACCCAGACUGCGAGGCCAUGACCCGCUCCUGCCCCCUGCCCGACGGCGACCGCGAGGGGGGGCGCAGAGGGGCGGGCGGCACCGUCCCGGAGGGCCAGAGGGGGGACGGGGGCGAGAGGAGCAGCCCCUGCCCCAGCUCCGCAGCCACCCUGCCCAGAUCGCACACGGUGAGCCCCGUCUCGUCCGGAGGGGGGUCCGGACCGGGGGCCGGGGCGGCCGCGGUGCGCAUGACCAGCUUCGCAGAGCAGAAGUUCAGGAAGCUGGAGGGACGGAGCAGCGGGGGAACCACCCCAGAGAGCUCGGACCUCAACGUUCCCUACACACACCCGGCGAGGACGCUCUCCACACCUCCUCUGCCCAUCACUUCACCCUCUCCCGUCACUCCGUCGGGCCGAGACUCGUCCCACCUCCUGUCCUCCGAGAUGAUUCACCUGAGGAUGAAGCUGGAGGAGAAGCGCAGAGCCAUCGAAGCCCAGAAGAAGAAGGUGGAGGCAGCUUUCACUCGCCACCGCCAGAAAAUGGGCAGAACGGCGUUUCUCAACGUGGUGAGGAGGAAAGGAGUGACGCCGCCCCUCAGCGCCGCCUCAGGAGGAGGAGAAGCUCCGUCAGCAGAGCCGCUCGCCGCCUCCAGGGAAACCCGGCAGGAUAAGAUGGAGCGAGCGGAGCGGUGCAAACCGGACGGAGCCGCUCCCAAAUCCCCCUGUGAGGACGGAGGAGGUGACGCAGGCGUGGCGCCGGGGGAGGUGGACCUGACGGAGUACACGCGCUCCAUCGAGCGGCUGAACACGUCGCUGGGCUUCCUGCAGACGGAGAUGCAGCGUUUGGCUCAGCAGCAGGAGAAGAUCAUGGCCAUGAGGGACCAGCAGCAGCAGCAGCAGGCCUGGGUCAUCCCGCCUCCGGCUCCGUCCCCACACAGGCAGCUCCGGGAGCUCCGCAGCAGCAGCGUGACGGGCCGGGGGUCCGGCCGGGCCUCGGUGGGAUCCCUGUCCCCCAUCCUGUCGUCCUCCGGCUCUCCUCGCGCUCCCAACCGCUCCUCCGCCGGCAUCAAGCGGCGGCCGGCCUCCUUCCACGCCAGGACGCCCCGAACGCCGCGGCCCAACGACCUGAAGGUCACCCCCUUCAGCCGAAUGCUCAACACGCCCACCUCCGUGGACAGCCUGCCCAGACUGAGGCGCUUCACGCUCAGCCAGACCCACAGCAGCUCCUUCGCUUACCUGGGCCAGGACGACGACCCCAAGAGCCAGGACGGCAAGGCCGGCAAGGACAACUCAGACGAGAAGAAGAAGAGUCCCGGCGCCGCUCAGGAGGGGGCGGAGGGGGAGGAGGGGGCCGUCAAGCCGUCCAGGACGUCUGGAGUCGUGUCUCAGCCGCUGGCGGACGUCCAGGGAGCCGCGAGCAGCCGGGCGAAGGCAGAGUCCCAGGACAGGAGGGACCUGGUGGAGGUGCCUCUGUCCAGGCUGAAGCCCCCACAACUGGAGGUCGAACCUGAAGGCCUGAACUGUGGAGACGAGCAGAAGAUGUGCUGCGGAUUCUUCUUCAAGGACGACGUGAAGGCGGAGGAGGACAUGGCGGCCAAGAAGGCGGCGCUGCUGGAGAAGAGGCUGCGGAGGGAGAAGGAGGCGCAGGACAGGAGGCAGCAGCAGGAGCAGGACCAGGAGCAGAGGAGGGAGGCGGCUCGGCUGAAAGCAGAGGAGGAGCAGCAGAAGAAGGAUGAGGACAAGGCAAGGCGGGAAUACAUCAAGCAUGAGUACCUGCGGAGGAAGCAGCUCAAGCUGAUGGAGGACAUGGACGAGGUGAUCAAGCCCCGGUCGGGGAGCCUCAAGAAGAAGCCCAGGCCCAAGUCCAUCCACAGGGACGUGGUGGAGUCGCCCACGCCUCCCGCGAGAGCGGCAGGGGUCCGUCCUCGAGGCUUCUCUGUGUCCAGCGUGUCUCUGGCGUCUCUCAGUCUGGCUGACAAUGACAGAGACCAGCCGGAUAACAGGAAGAACUACAGAGGCAACAGACUAGCUUCUGCCAAUGCCCCGUUUUAUUUAAACUCUCCCAAAGACAGAAAGGGAAGGCCCGAUUCAGCAGAGGGGUUCUCCUCCUGCCCGUCGGCGUGCAGCCGGAACGGAGAGAAGGACUGGGAGAAUGAGUCCACCACCUCCUCCACCCCCUCCAACACUGAAUACACCGGACCCAAACUCUACAAGGAGCCCAGCGCCAAGUCCAACAAGCACAUCAUCCAGAACGCCCUGGCGCACUGCUGCCUGGCCGGCAAGGUCAACGAAGGGCAGAAGAACAAGAUCCUGGAUGAAAUGGAGAAAUCCGAAGCCAAUAACUUCCUGGUGUUGUUCCGGGACGCCGGAUGCCAGUUCAGGUCCGUUUACACCUACUGCCCCGAAACGGAGGAGAUCACCAAGCUGGCGGGCAUCGGCCCCAAGAGCAUCACGGCCAAGAUGAUCGAAGCCCUGUACAAGUACAACUCGGACAGGAAGCAGUUCAGCCAGAUCCCGGCCAAAACCAUGUCGGCCAGCGUGGACGCCAUCACCAUCGCCAGCCACCUGUGGCAGGCCAAGAAGCAAGGCACGCCCAAGAAGCACGCCAAGUAGGGCCGGAGGGACGGGUAUCCACCUGAAAGACCUCUUUCACUGAAACCCCACAGUUCACAGUCACAACUGGAAUGUAGAACACAGACGAGCCUCACAGACGGAGGACCUCCGUCAGCAUGUGUCCACCUUCUCAUGUGCCAAAAAAAAAAAAUAGAGAACGAGCAGAAGAGACAAGGCGGACGUUGGCCUUACCGAGCUGAAGCACUGAAUGUCACGCCUCUGAGGCACCCUGGUUUCGUGUGUGGCCUUAUGCUUGUUAAGUGUCAUGUGACGCGCCGCGAGUGUUCGUCCUGUCGGCGGUGUCACAGGUGGGGGGGGCGUCACCCCGCCCCCCUGGAGGAGCAUCGUGCUGCUAUUCAGGCAUGUGUCUCUGUUGUUUUUUACACAUGACUGAAACACUUAAAGGUCGUGAUGUGUGUGUGCGUGUGUGUGUGUGUGUGUGUGUGUGUGUGUGUGUACAGUGAAGUGCCAAUAAGAGUGAGGAAAAUACCUCGGCUGGCGACUGCGAUUAGUUUCCAGAUGUUAGAAAGGACCGGACCACCAGCGGUUCUGGAAAGCAGCUGCAGUCCACUCUUAAUUUAUUUCCUUUUGAUAAUGCAGUUGAAGGUAUUUUAACGAGCGUCUGAGGUUUUAUUCCGUAACCUGCUUCACGUACAGAAGUUCAAUGUGUUUGUGCAUAGGAGCAGUUCCAGUCCACACAGCUUCUAUAAUUUAUCUGCUCGGUGUUUUGUCCCUCAGAGCCUUUUCUUGUGUGAUCGCCGGACAGAAUGACUGAUGAAGACGAUGGCGAGUGUUUGACUGGAUGAGUCGUCCCACACUGUGCCGUCAGUGAACUAGUCACCAUUAGAGCUAACAAACACUCAAGAAGUCACUUUAACGUGGAUGUUGUCUUGAAGAUGUAAAUAAAGCGAGCUGAGCUGUGACGGCGCCUCGAGACGCCGUCCGUCCGUCCGCCCGUCCGCUGUCGUCUGGUCCGAGAGGUUCCCUCUUCAAGCUUCUCACUCUCACACAGCCGCCACCUCCGUUUCCUCCAUGUAUUGAUUCAGUAUGCGUUCACACUGUACAGAUAUAUUUUGGCAUAUAGAAGUAUUUUUUGUAACAACAUUUACCGGUUGAAGGUGUGUACUGAUGAAGGAGUGUGUCCAGGAGCUGAACUGACUUCACCCAGGAAGUGUCCUGAGAUAAUCAGAGCAACUCUCUCCAACUGUCAGUUCAGUUUCCUUUCACUUAACAAAGUCUGAUCAAGUGUUUAUUGAUUUCUGAUGUUUUGUUUUUUUAAUUCAUUCAUUUGAGCUUUAUUAAAAUGCCAGCUAUCAACAUUA